GUGGUGGUGACGCCAUAGAGUAUUAGAAUACCUAACUAUCUAAGUAGGUAGGCACAUAGAUUAUAUGUACAUAGAAUACAAUAUGCUUUAUACAUAAUAUGAUUAAAGUUAUAUAUUUAAUCGUGAUACAUAGUUCAGGGUACGGUCUUACACUACAUACCCUAUCUACUACAACACCACCUACUUUUUCUAGAAAUUAACUCCGAAUAAACAUUUUAUUCAAUAUUUAAUUCUUUCAAAAUGAAUCGGUUAUGUGUUUUUGGAAUAAGUGGAAAUUAUAAAGUUAGUAAGUACUAUUAGUAGUUUCUAGUUUUAUACCAAUUUAUUCAUUUUCCUAUUUACAAUUUUUCAAAGAAAAAAUUCACAUUAGAAAUAUAAUUCUAUGGGUGUAGUUAUGGGAAUUGGAAGUUUAGUUCAAUCAUACAUAAUAGCCCCCUCAGUAUUUUAGGCCAGCUAUCUUACUUUAAAAAUAUAAUUCAUUAAGUAUCUAAUAUUUGAUACGAUGUUCAACACUAAUAUUAAUCCAACUUAGAAUUCAAGUGGAAAUAUUGAUUGUCAAAAACUGUAUUCAAAAUGAUAUUGAAUAUAAUGUCAAAAAAUUGUAUUCCAAAAACAUAGGUACCUACUCAUUUACACUUUUUCAAAUUUACAUAAACUUUUGAAAUUAUAGCUCUGACCGUUUUUGGUUCUUGGGGAUUCUAAAUAUUGAAAGUGAUCAAAACAAUCAAGAUGAAUGGAAACGAAAUAAAUGUACGAGUAUUUUCAAUGUAUACUAUGAAAUUAAAAAAAAUGGAUUUUAGGACUAAUCUAACAUUGGAACUCGGAACACAUAGGAAAAUGUUCUUUAGGAAAUUGUGUAGAAUAAUAGAUAAAACUGAUAAGACUAUUGGAUAAAAUUAAUUUUGUUAAUUGAUGUAAUGUUAAUUAUUAACGUUAGCCAUUUUACAUAUUAUUUUUGAUACAAAAUUUGUACAUUGUAAAAUUUACUAUCGUACCCUAGGCCGAGGUGGAUUAAUUCACCUUGCUAUGGGCGGUACUUUACUGAUAAAGUAAAAUAAUAUGAUAGUAUUCAUGAUAGUAUUAAUUAGAAGAUAUUAAAUUAAUGCGAUGCACCGAAGCUAAAAUAUAUAAACUUGAUAGCUUAAUAAUAAUAACUAAAUAUUUUACUUUUAAACAUUAAAAGACCAUGUACGGAAAUACGUUUUUCCAAGUUGCUAGUUAUUGUCGAUCCACUUUGUGUAAUAUAAUUCUUAAGAGAAAUGCUGGCCACAGUAAAUGGUCCAACAUAAAACACACCAAAGGAGCAAACGAUCUACAAAAAUCACUAUUGUUCAAUAGAUUUAAUCGCCAAAUAAAGUUGGCAAUCAGAGGUAAGGAUAAAAACCUAGUUUUAUUCACAAAAAUGUAUUAUUUCUUUAGAACUAUUGUGGUAAAUAUUAUGUUUAUGUUUAUGAUUAUCUAGAUUUAUAUUUUUGUUUUUUUCAACUAGUUAUUAUGCAUACUACAUAAUAUAUCUACUACUUAUCUUCUAAUUAUUAAUUUAAAUAGUAUGUUAUAACAUGUUAAAUAAAUUUGUGUAUGAAUUUAUUUAAACAAGUCACUCCAUAUCGACCUAUUUAAGAUUUUGGUAUAAGUGUAGUUUAGCUCCUAAGUGAUUUUUUUUCCAAAAUGUGUGUUUUUGCAUACCUUAUUUGAUGGUACUUUCUAAAAAAGUAGCUCAAACUUUAAAUGGAAGUUAUGGUUAAAAAACUUCAAAAAGUUCGAUUUUUCUAAAAUUAUGUUUUUGAGUUUAAAAUACCAACAAUUUAUAUUUUGAAUAUUUUUUUUUUAAGUAAUGGUAGUAAUUAUAUGCUUAACAUUUUGGUGGAAUCAGAAUUCACCUAUCAAACUUACUUUUUAUGUCAUUGUUAAUAAACCGCGUAAAACCUAAUUAUAAUGUUAUUUCAACCAAUUGAAUAUUAAAGUAACUCAAAAUUGAUUUUUUGGACAUUAGUUUCAUUCAGUGUGAAUGAAGUUUUUGGUGAAAUUGGUACUAACUCAUAUUUUUUGGUUUGGAAAAAAUAGUGGAAAAAUGUCUCUUUUCUUAUAAAUACAUAAACAUCACGUUUGGAAAAAUAUAGUUUAUGUAAUACUAUUUUUUUUUUUUUUUUUUACUUACUGAGGCCAAAAUAAUUUUAAAAAAAAAUUUCCAAUGGGCGGAGAGCUAAGGGGCAUGGUGCAAUUUAUACAACGGUUCUAAUGUCUAAUUAUUGUUAUACAUAAAAAAAAAUUGAAUAAAGUUUUAAAAUUUACUUUUUUUUAAUGUUAAUUCUUGGAACAAUCUCAAGAUCUCCAUACAAAUCUGUUAAUGCAAUUAACUUUCAAACAUAGCUUGAGAGGAUGUCUAUGAAUGCAGUUUAAUGUGUCAUGUUUGGCAAUUUCCAUCCAAGACUGCAAUUUUUCAAUUAAUGUCAAAGAAACAGCCCCUUGACUUUUUCGCUCAAAUAGCUCAUUAAUAUCAAAAAAGUAAUAGUUAGUUCUCAUUUUACCAAAUACUUCUUCAAGUUAUUACACACCAAAUGAAAAAAAAAAAAUCAAUUUUGAGUUACUUUAAUAUGCAAUCGGUUGAAAUAACAUUAUAAUUAGGUUUUACGUGGUUUAUUAACAAUAACAUAAAAAGUAAGUUCAAUAGGUGAAUUCUGAUUCCACAAAAUGUUAAGCAUAUAAUUAUUACCAUUACUUAAAAAAAAAAAUUCAAAAUAUAAAUUGUUGGUAUUUUAAACUCAAAAACAUGAUUUUAGAAAAAUCAAGAAUUUUGAAGUUUUUUGACUAUAACUUCCAAAUGAAGUUUGUACUACUUUUUUUGAAAGUACCAUCAAAUUAAGCAUGUGAAAACACAUAUUUUGGAAAAAAAAAAAUACAAAAAAUUGUUUGGGUGCUAAACUGCAUUUUGUAGGGAAUGUCAUGACGUUUUUGUAUUAUUCAAAAUAUACAGUUUGAUUUAAAAGAUACAAGAACCUUUUUUUUUUCUUUUUUAAUAGUUCAUAAUUCAAAAAACACCUACGACAUUUCCUCUAAAAUAUUGUUCUCUAUAAAUUUAAUAAUAGGUACUUUUACUCUAAAAUCAAAAUUAAACUAGUUUUACUUAUUCCGCAUAAGGAUUGUUUUACCCAGUAUUUGAACUAAGAUGUCAGUAGAUGUGGGUAUAACAUCAUCUUAAGAGAGAUCUUUUGAAAAGUAAUACAAUUAUUUUAACAGUUCAUACAUAGGCACACCUUUACAAGCUAUUGUAGACAAGAUUCAACCUUUUUAUUUUUUAGAUCAGAAUGAUCCAAAUCCUGAAACAAAUUUGAAGUUAGCAUCAGUGAUUGAAAUGGCCAAAAAAAAUAGUAUGCCAAAAGAUACCAUCUUGAACGCACUAAAAAAACAUGUACGGAAAUUAUUCAAUUAUUAAUUUAUAUUUAGAUACUACACAGCAAUUUUUUAAUUUUAACUAUUACAGACUUUUAUAUUACUUUUGAGGUAAUACAUAUAAUUAUAAUACCUAUCUAUAUAGUAGCAUUGAAAUUUACAAAAUGUUUUGGGUAUAUUGUUAUUACACUGUAUAUUACUAAGUAAUGAUAGUAUGAUAGUACAUGAUACCUCUCUUGCAUGACAUCCUUUAUUUGAUAGAACAGUAUUUAAAAAGAAAAACUCGGACAUACUUCGCAUGAUGGGUGGGUCACUGUUGUAGGUGAAAGGAAAAAGUAUGUAUAUCUGUACGCAACGAUUAACCAUUGCUAAUGAAAAAUGAUUCUGAGUGGAGUUUGGUUAAUAGUACUUUGUCAACAUUAUAUAUGUGAAAUAAUAUGGUAUAAAAUUACAUAAUAUGCAUUAUAUAUUUUCUUAAUAAUAUUUGUUUAAUAUUGUACCUAUUUCACACCAAUAUGACAGUACAAUAUGCUACAAAUGUUUCGAACAUUUUUCCACAUCUAAAAAAGGCAAAUCUAAGUUUUCUGUCCAAACCUCACGUCUCUACAAAUAUGUUUAAAUGAAUCAAAACAAAACAAAAAAUUUUAAAUGUAAAUUUUCCCAAUUAUUAUGAAAACAGCUAAAAGUAAACUAAUAAACUGGUAAGAGCCAAAUUAUAUACUGAAAGUACAAUAUCUAAAAACAUUCAAGGGGCUCAUCUGAUUUUCCUAUUAUAACCAGUUGGUGUUGCUACUUAUUCAGUUCAUUACCUUUAUCAAUAACACCUUUUUCACAUAACUUGUCAAUUAUGAGUUUCAAAUUAUUCACUCAUUUUAUUGGUAUUCUCUUAGCAGAAAUCAUUAUUUCGGCAUUUGCUAUAUGUAUAAUAUUUUUUUAUUUAUUUUGAUUUUAACCUUAUCUAGAAAUUGUUCUUAACCAGUAAAUGUAUCAUAAUUGUUUUUUCCAAGACUUAAGAAAACAACACACCCGUAUUUACUGUCAGAUCAACUACGGAACAUCAUGCAAAAACAAUGCUUACACAGACUAAGUAAAACCAGCAUAAUUUUGAUGUUUGAGUAAAAUGUACCUAUUGUGAAAUAUAUAGAAAAGAAUAUUUUGAAAGGAAUCUCGUCAAAUUUUUGUAUUAUACUAAAUAUACAGCUCAGUAUAAAAGGCACAAAAACUUUUUUUUUAGUUUUUACAUAACUACAUUUUUUAAUAGUUAAUAAUUCAAAAAACAACUAAGAGAUUCCCUCCAAAAUAUUGUUUUCUAUAAAUUGCAUAAUAGGUAUUUUUAUUUUAAAAUCAAAAUUAAGCUAAUUUUACUUAUUCUGAGUAAGUAUUAUUUUUGUAUGUUCCCCGGUAGUUAGACUGAGACAGUAAAUGCGAGUGUGGCGUCCUCUUAAGAACUGUAUUAUAAAUAUUAUAAAUUAUAAUAUAGACAUGGUCUAUGGUCAAAUAUUUACACUAUUUACAAUAUAAACAAAUAUUGUCAUUAUAAAAAACAAUAGUUAAUGCAUUACCAUAACCAGAAAAUAUUUCAGGGGUAGGGGAGACACUAAUAAUUUUUACUAUUAAUAUGAAAGAUAAAAUUCACCAACAUAACCUAGAUUAAUUAUCAAAUUAAAAUUUUUUUUAUGAAUAUACAUAUUAAAUAUUCAUAAAAUAGAUAACUGGGAUGAAUGCAGUUACUGUUUUAUAUAUGUAAUAUUAUCACUAAAAUAACUUGAGUUUCAUUUUUUUUUCCUAAUAAAAGGAACGGAAGUGUUCACAUUCCACAUAAAUAGGAACUCUUUCUCGCUUCUCUUUCCUAUAUUUGAAAAGGAAUGCGUUCCAAGCUCCGUUCCUAUAAAAGGAUUAGGUUAGGUUAGGUUAAGAACCUAACCUAACUGUUCCAGGAACUUCCUUCCCAACACCAAUCGUAAUAUAUAUAUAAAAGUACCAAAACCUUAAAAUUAUAAAUUUGGUAAGUAUGAGUUUGUAAGGUUUUUUGUCAACAAUAAUAUUAUCUUCAUUGAUUUUAUUAUUUUAAAAACACUUAAUUUAAAUAUUUACCAAUAUGUUAAAUUUUUACUUAAUCAGCAUCACAUAUCACUAAGUAAAAAAAUUGCUGAUUAGUAUGUAUACAUCCAUCUAUAAUAAAAAUUUAAUUUAUUUGCAUAAUAUUCACUUACAAUAAAUACUAAAAUUUAUUUUUUAGUCAAAUAGUAAAGCAGAAUCAGUGUGGUUUGAAGUUAAAGGCCCGAGAGGUACCAUUUUACUAAUUCAUGGUUUAUCUGAAAAUCCAAGAUUAUUUAAACAAAAUUUAAAUACUUUGGUCCGAAAAUCAAAGUAAGUGUAAUUUUUUUAAUCUUUUUUUCUAAAUCUAUAUUUUAUUAAAAUUUGAAUGAUUUAUAUGAUGUGCAUAGUACCCAUAGUAUUUAUCAAUGUAUUUACCUAUUUAAAUUAAACUAUUAACUUAAUAUUAAGAUGUGUUCAAGACUUUUUGUAUUUGUUCUCUACUAUUUAAAAGUUAACUUGAUAGGCAAUGUAUUAAAUAGGAAAUAUUUGUAUUGAAAUUUAAUUUUUUUAUAACCAAAAAUAUAAUUUCUUUUAAUUUUCAUUCUAUUAUAAGUUUAGCAUAUUGUGAUUCUGGUGCCAAGCAUUUAUUCAUUCACAAAGGUAUUAUUAUAGUUAAACCACCUACAGAUUUAAUAAAUGCAGAUGAAGAAUGUAUUGAACAUGCUAUUAAUGCAGGUGCUGAAGAAGUUGAAACUGAAAGUGAUGAUUUGGAACCUGGCCAUUAUAAGGUAAAUUUUUAAAUAUUUGAAUGCAUAUUUUAAUAUAGUAAAACAUUUUGCACAUCAAUUUAUUACUUAAAUUUAAGUAGAUACAUGUAUAAUUAAAUGAAUAAGUAUGAAUUCAAAAAUAUAUUUUUCACUCUGUUGAGAAUGGACAACAUAGAAUAUGAGGGACAUAUUAUAUUAUUAUUAUUUAAGGGAAGGGCCAAAAGGAAAGCCUUGGUAUAAUAUAAUAUAGGUACUAUAUGGUAUGUAUUUAUUUAUUUUUAUUAAUGUAAAUCAAUGCUUAUCAAUUCUAUAUUAUUAUUUUUAUUAGUAAACAUUUUUUUUUUUUUUUACUUUUUAGUUUAUUUGUGAACCAAAUAAUAUGAAUAAAGUGCGUAAAAAUUUGGAAAAAUUUAAUUAUGACAUUGUGCAAGCUGAAGAAGAACAUGUAGCCCUAAAAAAAGUAUCAUUAAGUGAAACAGAAUAUGAGUAUAUAGUUAAAUUUAUAAACAAUGUUCGGGGAAUACCAGAUACUAUUGAAGUGUAUGAUAAUAUAGCUUAGAGUCUAAUAAUAAAAUGUUUUGUUGAUUAUGAUUAA